GACAACAAGGUUGGUCUCAGCUCCUUCAGCACUUCCAUCACUGACACGCCAGUUCACAGUCUUGGUCGUUGUCGUCACCGUCUGUGGACCAGGCUCGCGCGGGCUCUGGCUAUUGCCGCUGAUUGGCCCACCCACUGGAAUAAUUAGGCGCGCUGCGCAAGGGCAGGUGAGCGCGUUGUGGGGAGCUCGAGCGCGGCCGUUUGGUGCCGCCGCGCGGGAGCAGGAGGCGGGUGGUGGAGGCUGACAGUGGCGGGGGGGGGGGGGGAAAGAAAAGAGAAAGGAGCCGCUGGCCCACCUCGCGUCUGGAGUCGGCAGCGGGUCAGCCUUUGAUCCAUCUGUCCAGAGAGAGCAGGAGAGUGGGCAAGGAGUGCGACGCACACAAUAAGCAGCGACGUAUCUGGGUGCGACUCGAGUUUGCAUUUUAACGCCGAAAUGAGUCGUCAGACUGCCACAACACUCCCUACUGGUACAUCAAAAUGCACUCCUGCCCAAAGAGUCCCAGCAUUGGCAGGAACUACAGCCUCCAAUAGUGAUUUAGCAAGUCUUUUUGAGUGUCCAGUCUGCUUUGACUAUGUACUGCCACCAAUUCUUCAGUGCCAGAGUGGCCAUCUUGUCUGCAGUAACUGCCGUCCUAAGCUUACGUGCUGCCCCACUUGCCGGGGCCCAUUGGGUUCCAUUCGCAAUCUGGCAAUGGAAAAAGUGGCCAACUCUGUACUCUUUCCUUGUAAAUAUGCCUCUUCAGGUUGUGAGAUAACACUGCCACAUACAGAGAAAGCAGACCAUGAGGAACUCUGUGAGUUCAGGCCAUACUCAUGUCCUUGCCCUGGUGCUUCUUGUAAAUGGCAGGGUUCUCUGGAUGCUGUAAUGCCACAUCUGAUGCAUCAACACAAAUCCAUUACAACCUUGCAGGGUGAGGACAUAGUUUUCCUGGCCACAGACAUUAACCUUCCAGGUGCAGUAGAUUGGGUUAUGAUGCAAUCUUGUUUUGGCUUUCAUUUCAUGUUGGUCUUAGAAAAACAAGAAAAGUAUGAUGGCCACCAACAAUUUUUUGCCAUAGUACAACUAAUUGGAACACGUAAGCAAGCUGAAAACUUUGCGUAUAGACUUGAACUCAAUGGCCACAGACGGCGACUGACUUGGGAAGCAACUCCUCGCUCCAUUCAUGAGGGAAUUGCUACAGCAAUUAUGAAUAGUGACUGUCUGGUAUUUGACACUAGCAUUGCACAGCUUUUUGCAGAAAAUGGAAACUUGGGAAUUAAUGUUACAAUCUCGAUGUGCUGAAACUGAUAUUUCCACAUUCUCUUGUCAGUGGCCAGUAUAGGGGCAGUAAAUGUUGUACAAUGAACUUGAAUAUUGGAUGUAUUGUAUAAUGUUUGCUGCCAGGUCUUUAUCAGACUGGCUUCUUGAUUUGCUCAGCAUCUGGGUCAUGGUGGUAAUGUGAAGAACUGGUUCACAGUUUAUUAAAAAAAAAUUAACACUAAUUAUAAAUGCAGUAAACCACUGAAUAGAAACCCUUUUUGUAGAAGAUAGUACUAGAGCCUAUAAAAAGGGCAUAAAAACAACUGCAAGUACUACAAUCUUGUUCAUUUUGUAGUUUAAUUUUGAUUGUCAUGUCAGCUGAAAGGUGUUAACCAUUUAUGUGCUGAUGUCUCUUUACUGACGAGCCAUUUUGGGCAGAUUAAGUUGCUGCUUUUUUCCACUUACACUACAUACAACUGCUGCUGUCUUGUGUAAUUUUGUGUAUGGCGUUUUAUGAACUUCUUCAAUUUCCUUUCUUGGUAAAAGCAGUACCUUUUUUAAAAACUGUUUAUUUCAUUUGUAAUUCUAUUCAGUUUACAGGCUAGAAGUUCAUACCGUAUAUUCGGUUGUUUCCAGGUUUGCCUGAGGUACUAUGUUCCUGGUUAAUAAAACAAUUUCCAAGUGAGUGCUUUCUAAAUCCUGAAAAUGCUUCACUUAGAGCAACUAAUUACAUUGGAUGACUAAACCGACAUUUAAUGCACUUUCACUAGUUAUUCAGUAAGAAUCAAGAUUAAUUUGUUUUAAAAUUGAAAGCAUCUGCAGGUUUAUUAUUUGGAUCAUAAUCUAAAACAAACAUUAUAGUAAGUACUUGGCCUAAGUCAUGCUCAUCUCCCUUUGCCGGCUGCAGUUGCCUCAACUGGAGCUGUCUCAUAGCCACUGGCUUUUAGGGAAAUCACUUCAACCAUACAAGAAAAGGAACAAAAGAUUUGGAUGUCCAACUGCUGUGGAGAAAGUAGACUAGAGCUAUUGCAUGAAAACAGUGUAAACUUCAGAAGCUCUUUUCCCAGUUAUUUUAAGAAGACCUCUAAUCUCCAAAACAGAUACCUACUUUUAAAAUAUUUUAUUUGGAUGUGACUAGCUAGCUGAUUUUAGAAUUGCUAAGCCAGUCUAUUCGAUCUACGGUUUAAAAUGUACUUUGCUUAAAUGCACUGAGUUGCAUGCCUAGCUUUUUAAUUUUCUUUUGUACAGGUUAAAUUGAAACUUCCACUUAUUGUUCCUCCUUUUUGAUUUUGUGAUCAUGUUUUAAUAACUUGCAACUAACUACUUGCCUGAGUGGUUUUGAAACCUUGUCAUUUCACUGUGCAUGAAGGUUCAGCUGUGGUUACAGUUGCACAGAUUUUCAACCAUCUGCAAACUAGAUUAAAAGUGCUAACUAACUGUGUUUUUUAAAAAAAACUUUCAACUUUUUCUCUAGCAGUAUAUAUCCCAAGUAUACGUAAAUUUGAGACCUAAUUUGUAGUCUGAUUUUUAAAGUGACAAGUUUUUGAAUUUCUUCCCAGACUUCAUCCUGACACAAUGUACCCAAGUAUUUAGUUUUGUUUUUAUCUUUAAAACAUUGAAGUUCCUCUCUGAUUUAUAUGGUCCCAUCCCUUUUUGGUUUUGUGUUUUAAAAACUUAUUUAGUGGCAGUUCAAUACUGUUUAAAACCAAUGCAAUGUCUUCCCAAUAACUAGCAGUUUAACAACUUAACAUAAUAAAAGAUGAUCUACAUCUGUAACUUACUUGUCAAUUUUAAGAACUGAGUUUGAGUACUAAACCAGUUGUUGUACAAUGAUAUUCCUGCAUUAGGCAGGUAUUUUAAUUUUUUUCAAACUUCAGUUUGAGGACAGCAACUUCAAUUCCCCAAUUGCCAUUUAAAGCGUUACACUGACAAUAUGUACAUCAACAGUAUUUAAGUUUAAACUCUAUUAUUAGGUCUCUGCAGUUGAGUAAAUCAUAUUGCAUAGUGACUAAUGUUCUCGCAGUAACUGGAUUACUUUUAAUAGUCUGCACAGUAACUUCUGAAAUUACAGAACUUUGUAGCUUUUUAAUACUCUUCCAACCUAACCAUAUCAGUGUGCAUAAGAUGACCUCGUACAAUGUAUUGACAACAAAAUCUCAUGCUUGUAGAAAGGCAUUCACACAGUUGUCUGAGCAAACUGUUUAGCUAUCUUAACUAGCAUAUACUUCGGAAAAAGUUGUUCUAUUGAGCUUCCAGGUGACUUAUUUAAAUAACUUCAUGUGACAAGGUGAAGAUUUGUUCAGGAGCAUUUUCCAAAGAGGCAGUGCCAGUGUAAAUGCAGCUGCCAGAUGGCUAAAUACACAGCAUUUUUUCUCUGUAAUAGUAAUGGAAGCUUAUGACUGACUUGAUUUAACUAUUGAAUGUGUAUUCAAACCAUUUCAGUCCUUUUAAAGUACACUAUGAUCUAAGCUUGUGAACAAUUUACUUAGUUACAGUGUAAUACACAUUAAAUUUCUGCUUUCACUUUUAUGGAAGGAGCCAAACCAUAAAAUCUGAAUAACUAGGUAUAGUAUUGCAACAGUAGCACUGGUAACUGUAAGAAAAAUCCCUUUUCUGUUAUGGGUGUUCUAUUGUGUGAAGUAUGUGGAAUUUAGCCACUUGUACAGUAUACUACCUCUAGCUUCCAGUCACGAUACUCCUUUUUCUUUAAACUUGAUUUGGAAGUAAUGUGUUUUUUUUAAAUCCAAGGCCUGUUUCAUUCUCUCCCUCUGUUCUGUUACCUGACCCUCCCUGACCUUAAAGUAGCUUUAUGGUAGACCCACUUUCUUGAUGCUUAAAACCAUGCUGUUGUACAGUAAAUGAUGCUGUGUAAGCAUUACAGUUAAUCUCUUAUACUGUUCUGCCUGAAACUUGAUUUAUGUGUUUAUGCUUCAUUUGCAUUUUAAACU